GGCGACGUUUUUCAGCGCUAAUGCAGUAGGCUACUCUUGUGGACGUCUUUUUUCGGAGGAUGAGUCGGGGUCGCGAGGCAAGGCAAUCAGACGAGCUUUCAGAUAGUACCGUUGUUAAGACGAUCGCGUAUUGUUUAUCGGUGCAGUAAAGAAAAAAAAUACUUAAGAAGUUUGGGGGUAGGCAAGCGAAAGCAGCGGGCAGUUGUUACUUCCUCGUCCUGCAGGGAGGAUAAAGGGGUGACGUCGGCGCCUGCUUUGGUUUGCACAGCCACUCAGCGGAUUUUGUAGCGACUCUGCAGAGGGGAGCCUGCCCGGGCGAAGCGGAGCGUUGGCAGCAACCAAGCGCAAGCCGCGAUAAGCUCCAACACACGCAGGGGCAGGACACCAGAAACAGGAGGAGCGCGGUCGCUAACUUUGGGUGGAGAAACAAAAAUAAUGCGUUGCUGUCAAGCCGCAGGCUAGGCUCCGAAGCUCGAGUGCUGUGUUGAAGGACGCCGCGGCUAUCUUGUCUUUUUAUUUCACGCUCCUCGCUCGAAGUCUGCCUCAUUUUAUUCUGAGGAUUUGGAGAUGUCUUUGAUAAGUGUAGACGAUGACCAGAGAUGGGUUCCUACACACGUCCAGGUAACAGUGCUGCGAGGCAGGGGCUUGCGGGCGAAGGGCAAGCACGGGACUAGCGAUGUUUACACCAUUAUUCAGCUGGGGAAGGAGAAAUUUUCGACUUGUGUGGUGGAGAAGACAACUGCUCCGGAGUGGAAGGAGGAAUGCUCGUUUGAGCUGCUACCCGGGCUGCUUGAGCCGGAUGGACGGAGUGCAUACCCCCCGGGAAGCAGCGACCUGGUCCUCACGGUGAUGCACCGAGCGCUGAUCGGACUAGAUGUGUUUCUUGGACAAGCCACAAUCCCCCUGGACAAAGUCUUUCAAGAUAGGAUAUGCAUGAGAAACGAGUGGUACAAACUUAACUCCAAGUCAGGGAAGAAGGAGAAGGAGAGGGGGGAGGUGCAGGUGACUGUCCAGUUCACACGCAACAACCUGACGGCCAGUAUGUAUGACCUGUCCAUGAAGGACAAGCCACGCUCCACCUUUGGCAAGCUCAAGGACCGCAUGAAGGGCAAGAAGCGCGACGACGCGGAGUCGGCCUCAGCUAUUGUGCCGGGCGGCUUUGGGGCGCUGGCGCGCCGACGGGGCCGGCUGCCGAGUGAUGGCGGCGGCGAGGAGGACUACGAGGACGAUGAGGGCGGCGAGGGCCGCCGGAGCAAGAUGCGCAACUUUUUCCUCCGAGGCCGGCUGCGCAAGUCGUCGGACACACGCUCCAGCACGUCGCUGGGCUCGGAGAGCAGCGAGUCGUCGUCGCGCGGCGGCAGCCUUAGCCCGACUGCAGGCAUCAGCGUGGUUGUCUCCGACCUGUCCAACUCGCCCAGCGAGAGCAGCAACCUCACCGCCGACAACAGCCCUGAGCACACUACCGCCCCUUCGCCCAAGCUCCUGACCCACAAGCGUGCGUUCAGCGACGAGGCCAGCCAGGUGACGGUGGCACCGCCACAGCCACGUGCCGUGGCGAGCCUGAAGGCCCAGAGUGGGGCGCUGUCCCAGUCCUCGCUGUGCAUCAAUGGCAGCCACGUGUACGCGGCUGAGCCGCUGGCCCCCGGCAGCUCCAGCACUGCGCCGGCCACGCUGGGGCUUCUGCAGAAGUGCUCCCCGCUCUCCCGCUCCCUGCAGAACCUCACCCGCCGCACCGAGGAUGGCCACAAGGGUGGGGCCACCGAGGGCCGCCGCUGGUCCUUCGACAAGGCCGGCAAGGAGGAGAAGGCAGCCAUCUCCGCUGUCCUGGAGCAGGUUGGGAAGGCCCCUGCCGAGAGCCGUCCUGUGCAACCGACCGCGCCCAUGGUGACCGCGGCCGAAUUGGGUGGAGAGGGGAAGAAGCCAAAGAAGAACCUGUUCUCGCAUGGGAGGAGCGACUCGGCGGGGAAGAACUUGGAACAGGCCAAGGCAGAGCAAGUGCAGGCCCCACCAGCCACUGAGGAGAAGCACAAGGGAUGGUUCACCUCCAAGGACUCCCAGAACAAGCCAAGCCCAGAAGUGUCUCCUAAGUUAGAAACCAGCUCCCACCCAUCACCUUGUUCCCCUGAUCACCUCUCCUGUCCCCCCUCUGCUUCUGCUGUCGUUCCCGCCUUUCCGGGCAGAGCACAUCACCCUAAUCCUUUCACCCCCUCACCGGACACCCCACCCAUGUCUCCAUCCAACCCCUUUUUCACGCGUCUGCAGUGUAACCCCUUCUUUGAAGAGCUCUUGGCCGACCAGACCCUGAAAUCAGCCCCCCCUACUCCCUGUCUCUCCAGUUCGGCUCUCUGGCCCUCAGCGGUUUCAUCCACCCGGGCCAGUGUCCUAAAUCCCACCCAAGAAAGGCCAGGGGUGGGACAUGCUUUCCGAAAGAGGGAACAUGCCCUCGGUUUGUCCAGGCAGAGUUCUCUCCCUGUGCCUCUUCCAAGGGCUUUGGGAGCAACGAAGAGAGAGUCACCCAACCCUUUUGUCUCUCAGUCUGUGUCCGAAAAAGCACCCGAGUGGGAUGAGUCCUUUGAGGCCUUUGCCACCAGCAGAUUGAAAUCACAGAGAGAGCCUGUCCCUGACUGGCUUUUGGAAGCUUCCUCAACCUACAGCAUGAACACCCUUCCUUUGGAAAUGGCCACAGAAAAGGUGAAUGAUGCCAUGUUCCCAGAAAGGUCCUCAAAGAUUCCCAUCCCAGAGACACGUCGGAACAGCUGGCUGGCCUCGAUGAAAGAAUUCAGCAGGAAGGAAGGGUUGAAUCCUCCUUGUCUGAUGGAUGUGGCCUCGAAGGACUGCAUGGAGGAACCACACAACUGGAAUGCACCAAACCUUUUCCAAGAAGCCACAGCAGGCACAGAUGUCUUCUCAGAGCUGGACCUAGAAAGGCUCCAGAUGCUGGAAUCACACUGUGUGCAGUCAGGUCCUGUUCUGGCUCCAUUCAAGAACACAAGUACAGGACAACCCGCCACCUCACACUACAAGGAGGAUUUGGAGAGCUCAGGGGGUGGCUUGUCUGAGCAGGAACGUGGUUCUCAUGCAGUGGCUUUAGCUUUCUGUACUACUGAAGGGGCUAGUAAAAUAAAUGACUCCACUGGGAACAAUCCCACUUUUUUCAGAAAAGAAGUGGGAGAGAAGACUUCCCUUCUUCCUGAAGGCAUUUCAGCAGCAUCUAAAAUUCCCACUAAUGAAGCAGACUCUUCCCUCACAGAAACACUACCAUUUAUUGCAACCACACAAACACAGCCAUACCUCUUGGAGCAAACGAGCAUGAACACAAACAUUGCUGAUGCACUUGAAAUUGCCUGUCAAGUUCCACAUAACACCUUUCAUGAUUCAGGUAAUCACUUAACUGACCUUUCCAACACAAAGCUCACCAUUACUGACUCAGCUAGUUCGCUUUCAGGCAUGAUUGCCAAUAACACUGACAUUAACCAUAAUAACACUAAUGAAUUUGCUUCCAGCACAGUUCAGUCUCUUUCUGAAAUAAUAAUGAAUGAAAUGCACUCCAGCGCACCCUUCAGCUCAUCUGCGGUAUUGGGAGAGCUGUCGUCAGCAGACCCAAUUGAUCUGUCAAACAAAGUUGGCAGUCCUCUGACUUUUCCUCCGGAAGGAGCACCUUUUGAAUCUUCACCCAAAGUUUCCAUGACAGCUGCUGACAUUCCAGCUCAGCAGUCUGGAAGUUUGUUCACUUCCACAGCACCAUUAAAGCUCACUGCUGGUUCCUUAGUCAAAGUAGUUUCUACUGCACCUGGUAUCACAACACAGGGUAAUCAGGGUGUCUUUGUCUUAGCUGAUGAAGAUGGACUGGAAGGACAGAGCACUUGCACAGGGAAGGCUUUGGAGCUGCAGUCACACAUACCAACACUUGAAGAGCAAGAAGCGAUUCUCAAGAGGCCUAUCACAUCUGCCCUCACCAAAAUAAGCUCAGAAGACACUUUCAGUGAUUCAAAGAUUAAUGGUGUGGUCAAGCCAAGGCAGAAUCCUGAUAACAUGUGCCAAGAAAACUGUAAAGAAGAGGAACCCAUUCAUUUGAAUGUGGAAGAGUCAAGCAGAGGUUCCACUGAAGACUUCAAUAAUAAAAGCAGUUUAAUGUUGGGUGGUCUAGAGGCAAAUGAGCCAGUUUGUCUAAAAUAUAGUAUUCCUGGCACAAUUGACUUCAAAACUGCAACUGAAGAUUCAGCCCCAGGCCAAACGUUUGUUUCAUGUUCUGAAUUCUCAGAGAUGGGACAUGAGUGGAUUGCAUUAAAAAACAAUGGCCAUGACAUAAAGGCUGCAUCAGAGGAAGACAGUGUAGAAUCUUCACUUCAUGUUUUGGCUUCACCUCCUGAUAUUUCACAAGUGCCUUUGGAGGAGGGUGCUUGCAAUAGUCAGGAAGCCAGCCAGCCACCACCUAAACCUCCACGGCUUCUCUGCGAGGCUUUCCCUAAUGUCCAGGGGGAGAAGGAAAGCUGUCCCCUUGGUUUAGAAAAUGCAGUUCAAACCCAGGAGACUAACCCAUCUGAAGAGGCAAUGUCCCCUUGUGGUGCCAGUCAAACCCCAAAUGUGGGUGCAGAGAUAAAGCAGCAACAAACCCACCAGCCCAACAUUUCCUUAGAAUCAUCUGAUGACUUCUCAGACGUUUUUAUUGAGGGGGAGAGGGUGGGUGUCAGGUCCUUAGCCACAACUUUCACAAUCAUCAAUAGUGAGCCAUCCCCUGGGAAAGAGGUGCUGCAAAGUGGCCCUGCUGCAGCAAAUAACUUUACUUUUGACGUGACUGAGGAGAAUUUUGAUGGAAGCUGGUUCCCUGAUCAGAGCCGUUUCAAAUUCAAAGAGCUUGACACGUCGCAUCUAGCAGUGUGGUCUGCUGAUGAAGAGCAUGCCAUACGUUCUGAGUCUGCUCACCUGGACAAAACCGUCCUGAUGAGCUGUUCUUUUGCAAGACAGGCCGGGCAAACUCACCCCAGUGCUUCUGCUUCAAAAGGCUCGAUUUUGUCCUCUCAGACCUCUUUCCACACAGAUGCUGACUGGAACAUAAUUGAAGGGAUUGGGAAUUGUUCUCCUCAGCUGCUAAGUACCCAACAACAGAUGUGGCCAUGGGCUGAGCCUCUGUCAUUACAUCUGUGCUCUGAAAGCAGUCUGUCUUCAACAGUAUCCCAGGAUCUAGUCAUGGAUCUAAAUCCAGAUGACCUUCGGAGGCCAGAAAACCAGCAGGAACAGCCAGAACCUCCAAAAAGUCAGGAUCUGGCACCACUGGCAGUGCCUCAGUCAGGCAAUCCAUUCCUGGAGUCUGAUCUGCAUGAGUCCUGCCCAGCAGAGCGCUCUCUCCCAGACGGCAUGGCAGCGAACAUCUCUGAGGACCUCCUUGCAAAAGAGGCCACUUCCACACGAAUUGGCCCUGGCAUCCACACCUCAUCUGAUCUUUUUCUGCAUGACUGUGUCCCUCGGGCUUCCUCUACACCCUCCCUGUUGGCUGAAACUAACGCCCAGUUUGCCCUUUUCCCCUGUCCCGUCCUGCCCCACCCUCCUGUGAGGCCAGCCACAGUGACCACCCAGGCCGCCACCCCUUCCUCCAAUGCUCAACCAAAGAUUGAUUCAACGUACACGGUUUUGUCCGAGGAGACACAGCAGGCUGCCAGUCUCCUGUCCAGUCACCAGAGCAGUCCCCAUCCAGUCAAGCCACUGACCACUGCAGCCCCCCAGGAGGAGAAAAAGCCAGAGGGCCGCUCAGUCCUGGUGAGCGGGUUAGAGAAGCUCAAGUCGACCAUCCACCCAGGGCGGGCAGCUCAGCAAGGCGAGCCUGAGGCUGAGAAAAACAAGUCUUUGUCCGAGGGUGCCGCACCUUACUAUCACCUGACCCACAACGAGCUGGUGUCUCUGCUGCUGCAGAGGGAGGCGGAGCUGGAAAGACAGGGGGCGGAGUUUGAGAAGCAGGAGGCGUUGCUGGAGAAGCGGGAGGCAGAGCUGAAGAAGCUGAAGUUGCAGGUGCGGGACCUGGAGGACUACAUCGACCGGCUGCUGGUGCGAAUCAUGGAGCAGACGCCCACCCUGCUGCAAGUGCGCUCCAAGCUCAAGUGAAUGGGCUGAUGGGAGGGAUGAGGGCAGGGUCCUGCGGCUCAGCUCCGCCCAAACACUCAAGUCCUCGUAGUUUCUUUCACUGCUAUACUGCCCUGUCAAUGUAGUUACAGCACUGGAAAAUAGCAGCCAACAAGGUGGUGUUUUUGAGUUAGCAUGCUUACUGCCUUGAAACACGUUUGUCAAGGGUCUGGGUUUUGUGGGGGUGGGGGCGUGAGAGGGCAGGGUUUGAGCUGUUUCAGGUGUUUUUAGGUAAAACUUGCUUGGUGUUGAUUACAAGGUGAGGUGGCCCUGGCAGUGUAACACCCCACCCUUAUGAUGGGGUUCUCAGAGUGAGCUUUUUAAUUAGGCAUCACUAUGCUGCCAUUGCUGGAUAUUCUUAGCAAUUGGGCAUUGAGCACACCUGCAGUUCUCAAGCUACAAGCCAAAUGAACAAGUGAAAAUAAUACCGACCCAUGGCUAAAUGCAGAAGCUCAGAAAGUCUUAGGUUUUGUCCAUCUGGAGCUCGCAAAUGGUUCAGUCUCAGUUUCUGUGUUUUUCGAUUUUCUCUUUUUCCCCAUAUUUUUUCAGCAUGUCUGAUAACACCUCGAGUUCAGCAGCCUAUCCUAUACGAUUGACGAAUGACCGAGUGAAACAUUCGUUACCUAACCCAGGCAUUGUAGCUGAUCAGCCCUGAGAGAUGCAGCAGCCACCACUGAUCCUAUUAAGCUUUUGCCUCCUGCAGUAUUUACUGUGCGCUGAUGACACAGCUUAUAGCAAAAGCAUCUAGGAGCAUACCGGAAUGUCAUUCUCCACCUCCCUGGUCUUCCUCUACCUUACAUGUCAUAGCCCCCUUGCUUCGGCUAAAGCACACAUAUUGCUUCAAGUGCUUUCAGGUACGUGUUAAUGGAAGGGAUGUAUAAUAACACCAUAUACCGUAUGCCAGAAAUGCCAAAUGCUGCCUUAUUGUGUUCCCUUUGUUGUGGUUGUGGUUCACUUACUUGUUCCUAUCACAUGUUUGUCCCAGCACCUGAUUUCCUCUGUAAGAACCUAUGGCUGGAAUGAAGCCAUAACUUCUAUACAAACCGAGUAAUGACAAAAGCCAUGCUGUAAAGUAUUUUAUGGGUUAUAUACACAUAAUAUGCCAAGUGUGACUUGAACACAAAACGAGAGGGUGGUAACUUUGGAAUGCCAAAAGAGCAGGCACAGGCCAAGAGUAUGAAUCCACUUUAGUGUUAUUAAACUUAAAAAGAGGUUUGUACACUUGUGAUUUUUUUUGCCCCUUCCCUCUCUGGGAUGCAUUCUGUUUUAAUGCUUACUGAUUUGAUGUUUAAGUUCUGUUCUUAUGUUGGUGUGUUUUUUUUUUUUUUUUUAAAUGAACGUCUACCUCCCUUCCAAACUUCCACUAAAAAACACAUAUCACAUAUAGAGUCUUGAGCGCAUUGUGAAACCUUGCAGUACAUAGUCAUGGAUGUUGUGUGCAGUGCCAGUGUAUGACUUAACAGAACCCCUAUCAGAAGUAUUGUGGUAUUGGUCUACUUCACUCUCUGCACUUCCGCAAAAGACUUAACCCAGGGCACUGGCCAAACGAACAGCAAGAGGUCUCAUAGCGUAUUGUUGCAGUUCCUCUUCAGCACUCAAAUAAGUGUCUCAGUGACUUCAAUGACCAGCUGUUCAACUGAAUGUGAUUUCGCACUUAGGAACAGGAGAUUGCACCAUCAUUUUCUUCCACAACUGAUCUGAACCUCUUUGACAAACUAUAUCUUUAAUUCUUCUUCUUUAUUAUUAUUGUAUAUAUUUUGCCUAUGUGGCCCAAGGAAUGUGCAUCAAUUGGUAAAG